GACUGUUGUGAUUUCCUUGGUGAGCUUCAGCCAAGAAACAAAGAGAAAAUAAGAAAAGGAGAGAAAACUUUGUCUCCUCUGAUACGAAUCCUAGAGCCUCCCACUUACAGCAAAACAGACCCGACAAAAACCAUCCACAAUUACUUCAAUGGGAGAAAAGGGUCGGGGCUUUCAGGUGGAUCCGAAUUUGCCCAGAUAUGUCUGCCAGAACUGCCGCAACUCUCUCUGCAUCGUCGGCGCCGAUUCCUAUGCCGAAAAGUUCUUCAACGAUUUCUCUCGCUCCGGCAUGCAGGGCUCUUCAAUGCAUGGGGCAAACAGUGUGUUAUCAACACGGAUGGACAAUUCUUUUGUUGUGUUACAAAAGCAAAGACCCCAGGCACAAGGAGUCCCUCCUCGUCCCCGUGUUGGAGCCGCCCAAACAAGCCAGUCUGGAAAGGCAAUGGAUGAGUCCUUUGUGGUUGUUUAUAAAUCUGAGUCAUCAGCAGAUGGUGGUGGGGCCCAGUUGCCGUCACCUGAUGGAGGACCCAAUGGUCCUUUGCAGCCUAACAAUUCUGGGUUUCACUCUACUAUAACUCUCCUGAAACGGGCAUUUGAAAUUGCCACCACCCAAACACAAGUCGAGCAACCUUUAUGUCUUGAAUGCAUGAGGGUAGUGUCUGAUAAACUUGACAAGGAGGUUGAAGAUGUGAAUAGGGACAUUAAAGCCUAUGAAGCCUGUCUUAAACGCUUGGAGGGAGAGACAAGGGAUGUUCUUAGUGAGGCUGAUUUUCUCAAGGAAAAACUAAAGAUUGAGGAAGAAGAGAGAAAACUUGAAGCAGCAAUUGAAGAAAUGGAGAAACAGAAUGCGGAAGUAAAUAAUGAGCUGAAGGAACUUGAGUUAAAAUCUUGCAGAUUUAAGGAAUUGGAGGAGCGGUACUGGCAUGAGUUCAAUAAUUUUCAGUUUCAAUUAAUUUCGAAUCAGGAAGAGAGAGAUGCAAUUUUGUCCAAGAUAGAAGUUUCACAGGCGCACUUGGAGUUGUUGAAACGAACUAAUGUGCUCAAUGAUGCCUUUCCUAUCUGGCAUGAUGGAGAAUUUGGUACCAUCAACAAUUUUCGACUUGGACGACUUCCAAAAAUUCCGGUUGAGUGGGAUGAGAUAAAUGCUGCCUGGGGCCAAGCCUGCCUUCUCCUCCAUACCAUGUGUCAAUAUUUCCGUCCAAGAUUUCAAUAUCGAAUAAAAAUACUUCCUAUGGGCAGCUACCCUCGGAUUAUGGACAACAACAACACUUAUGAGCUGUUUGGUCCCGUGAACUUGUUUUGGAGCACUCGGUAUGACAAAGCAAUGACAUUGUUCUUGACAUGCCUUAAAGACUUUGCUGAGUUUGCAAAUUCCAAGGAUCAAGAAAACAACAUACCACCUGAAAAAUGCUUUAAAUUGCCAUACAAGAUUGAGAAUGACAAAGUGGAAAGCUAUUCUAUCACUCAAAGCUUCAAUAAGCAGGAGAAUUGGACUAAAGCUCUAAAGUACACCCUCUGCAAUUUGAAAUGGGCUCUGUAUUGGUUUGUUGGGAAUACGAACUUCCAGCCUCUUUCUGCAGUGUCUUCACAUGCUGAAGUUCCAGGCGUCGGCUCAUUGUACACAAGACGUGCUACUGACUCCAAGUCUGAGUUCCGAAACUCAUCUAAUCCAUGACACAGAUUGAAUACGCAGCAUACAUGUAUAUAGAAACACGUAGUUUAGUCUUGUGCAGUUAGUAGCAUUAUUUACAGUGUAUUGUAGUAGUACCGUAUUGAAAGACUCAAAAUAUUAAAACUAAAGAUUGCAGUUUUUCUUUUUCUUGUAUACUUGUUGAACAUCAGAUUCUUAAGAAAAGAAAAAUUGUAUGAAAGAGGAUGACUCACACAAGCUGUUUUAAGCGUUGUCUGAA